AUGUCUGAGCGAAAAGUUCUCUCCAAAUACUACCCACCGGACUUCGAUCCGUCGGCGAUCACACGAACACCAAAACAUCUGCGUCAGACAGGACCCAAAGUCAUAACCGUUCGACUGAUGGCGCCAUUCUCGAUGAAGUGCACCCACUGCGGCGAGUACAUCUACAAGGGGCGAAAAUUCAACGCGCGCAAAGAGACAACGGAGGAAAAGUACUUCUCGAUCCCCAUCUAUCGAUUCUAUAUCCGAUGUACGCGAUGCAGUGGCGAGAUCACGUUCGUGACGGACCCCAAGAACAUGGACUACAAGGCGGAAAAGGGUGCGAAGCGAAACUUCGAGGUGUGGCGGGAUCCGACGGCGGAGGCGUAUAAUGAAACCGAGCAGGAGACGCUGGAUCGGUUAGAGAGAGAAGAGAAUGAGGAGCACGAGCGGUUGGAGCAGGAUAAAAUGGCCGAGUUGGAGGAGAAGAUGCAGGAUUCAAAACGAGAGAUGGCGAUCGCAGAUGCGUUGGAUGAGAUUCGGACGAGGAAUGCGCGGAUAGAGCGGAAUGAGGGCCUUGGGGAGGAUGUGGCCCUGACGCAGGUUCGGAGCGAGGUGGAUGAAGCGCGGUUACAGGCUGAAAAGGAAGAUGAGGAGGCCGCGCGAAGAGCGUUUACUACGGAGACUGGGGAGAAGGUCAAAAGACUUGUCGAGGAUGGCACUCUAGCGGAUUCAAAGACAACAGAAAUGCCGCCUCCGCCUUCAUUCGCGCGAACCAAGAAGCCGAAAAAGCCACUAGUAAACGGACUGGGUAUCAAGAAAAAGCCCAAGCCGUCACUGAUUUAA